AAAGCAGCAAGAAAGACAACUAAACGAACGCUAUUUUGUGAAAAGCGAUUGUUUCGAAAAUAUAUGACAACAUGAAAUAAUUAAAUAGCGGGCACCGCGUAAAUAAUUUACUGUGUUCGCGGUAUAACAUUGUGAUAACAGUAUUAGGCGUCUAUGUAAUAUAACUGGGCGCGUGUGAGUUUGCGGUGACUCGUGUCAUUGAUAUUGAUUUCUUUUAUUUUCUGAGAGAACAAUUCGAAAAUGAUUUAGCUGGAUCAGUGGGUGCUACGUGCCAUUUAUUAAAUGUGUGACUGUUAAAGAACAGUAAACAACGAAUAAUAUGUUUGGAGUCGAAAGCCGUGUGUGAUAAUGUGAGGACAAAAUGAAAACUAAGAGUUUUUUGCUGUUUUCAACGUCGGUGUUUGCAAUAAGUAUAUUCCUCAUAGUAUUCCACUCGCAGCCGCCGCAGUCUAUUCAAAGUAUUGUCACGCAAACACAUCAGCACCUUAAGGAUUUUCAGGCGUCGUUGUCCCAGCAGGAGAACUUGCGGGAUGUGGAAGAGAACCACCUGGUGCAGGAGGAACAGUACUCGCGCCUGCUGGGGCUGGACGGCCACCAGGAGCUGUGGCACAACACCACGCUGCCUGCGCUCGUGACGUACGCGCGCAACGACGCGCACGCUGAAGCCGUCAGCUUCAUCCGCGCCGCCGCAAAGCUGCCCUAUACAGUGCUACUCUACAAUCUUGGAUUGAAACCUUACUCCUUGUCUGUGGUUUCCAACUACUGCAACUCUUCGAAAUGUGCCAUCAUCGACCUGGACCUGGACACGUUUCCAUCGCAUGUGAGCGAUGAGAGCAUACACGCCGUGCGCCCGCUCAUUAUACAGCACGCGUUAAGCCGCGUAGGUGGUGUUAUAUUCUGCGAGGCGUCGCAGCGAUGGGCGGGCACGGCGGGCGAGCUGGCGGCGCUGUGGACGCGCGCGGCGGCCGGCGGCGGCGUGCUGGCCUGGCCGCGCCGCGCCGCCGUCACCAGCCUCACGCACCCGCGCAUGUUCCACUACUUCCACGCCACCAUCGACGACUUCCUCUUCGUGCAGAUGAUGGACGUGACGCGGCUCAUCGUCGUCAACAAGCCCUCCGUGGUGGACAUCAUGCGCCCCUGGAUACAGUGCGCACUCACUCUCGAUUGCAUCAUGCCUAUAGGUGCACAGUCAGUGGGCUGCAGGUUCGAUAAGAAGCCGCAGUACCGGUACUCGGGCUGCCACGGGCAGGACGCGUCGGCGCUGAGCAUCGUGCUGGGGCUGCGCUCGGGCUUCGAGGAGUCCGCGUACGUGGUGCGCGCGCGCGCCCGCUGGCGCACGGUGAGCGCGGCGGGCGCGCGCGCCGAGCUGCGCCAGCUCCUGCGGAACUCCACCGAGGACUACCGCACCGAGCACGCCGCCGCCGCAGACUCGCUCACGGCGCACGCCGCCUGAGCGGCCGAGUGAUGCCACGAGUACGGAUUUGUCAGUGACGACGGGAGACGACGACAACAGUUAGAAUUAAGAUAAAAAAAGUAAUUGGAUAUGUUAGUGAGACCAAAUUUUGACAUUAUUUUAUAUCAUUCCAUUUGAUGAAAAUACGCCAAAUAGAUGAGAUUUUGUUGUUUGAAUUUUGAAAAUUCGUAUUGGUUUAGAAAUUAGUGAAAGACAUAUUUAUUAGACGCGUAAGUACAAGGCAUAAUCCAGAGAGUCGUUAGCAAUCCUAUGUAAUGGUGAGAAGAUAAGCUGAGUAUGAGUAUUAGCAACUAUUCAUUUGCCAUAUUGGGUACAAAGUAACAUUGUUCGGUUUAGUAUAUUUCGGAGCCUGCGAUAAAUGAAAUGUUACCUUUGUCAAUUGUUUAUAUUGCCUAAAUUCUAAAUGUUAUAACAGUAUUGUUUGUUACUGAAUAGUUUCGUUACAGCAAUCAUGUAUUUGCUACCUUCUAAAGGUGCGGAGCACGAGUGGAUGCGAGUUACUUGUUGUUUACCAUUUAUUUUAUAGUUGUAGUAUUAUUUUGUUUGAUAAAUUAAUCGCGUUUAGAGCGAGAAAGGUGCUGACCGAAGUGGCAGCGUAAUGAUGACUGAAGCAUUUGCGCAAACACCACGAAGAUACGAUCCUAUGUGUAGGCUGUGUCGCAGUCCUGCACUGCUAACCAAGUACAAAGAUGCCGUGUCUGGUGUAACGAACGAGAUUCUGUCGUCAGCUGUGAAUUACUUACUAGGAACAUAUUUUGUGUUGAUUGAGUUGUACAUAAGUGUGUACAUUAGACGUUAGUAUGUAAAGUAGUGCUCCAUGUUUCGGAACUACGGUAGUUUAAGUUGGCGGAGCACGCCGGUCGUGUGACGGCCCGCGUCCAGCGUUUGUUGCUAUGUUAGUGGUUAGUGCAUCGAUACUCAUUAGUCAUAAUUUAUACGUGAGCCUUUUGUCGAGCAAUAUUAUACUUUACGGUAAGUACACACUAGCACGUGCUUGUACCUCGCAGUCGCAACAUACCGGCUACAUAUUGGCUCAAAAUUAUUUCAUUUCUAAAACUGAAUACCUGAACAAUAGGGUAAAUAUGCAGGCUAUUUAUUUAUUCUUAUCUUCAUUUGUAUGUCAAUGAAUUAGAACAAAUAUUCGUCUAAAAUGGCAACAGUUUAUAAAACAAAGCACCUUAUCUUGAGGCACAGAUUAUAUCAUUGAAAUCAUUGUAAGUAUAUUAAAGAUAGUUCACCUGUUUGCGGGCAAACAGCAACCAGUGACUGUAAUAGCCGGGUAUUUUACGUACUGCCAAAUAUUUUGAUUCAGGAUCUUGUCAUGUGUCAUUAUGUUCUUAUUUAUAAAUACGUUUAUACAGAGUGUCCACCAAGUAAAUGGUGUACAUUUACUUGGUGGAGCCGGGCAGUCGGCUUCACGUUACAUCGCGCGUAGGACAUGUGUCAGUCCAUGUAAGGAGGAAGAGGGAUGUAACGAGACGAACGGUGCAUAUCGGUGUUUAAUUUUGAUGUAUUUUGUGAAGAUACCAUGUUUGGUUGUGAACUGUUAUGAAAACUAGUUGUGUACCUGCAUGCACGACCUACUUAGUUCGCCGCAUCCAAUGUGAUAUACUUAAGUAUUUAUUACUUUUAUUAGCAGCGUGUAUCUGUACUCCGUACACGGUGCCCUGGCGAGACAGAACGAGUACCGCACGAGUAUCGUUUUAUGUUUUGGCCGAUUUUUAUAUUCACCUUAUAUUCUCGUAACACGAAAUCCAAAGUGAAUCAACGUGAACUCGAAUAAUAUAGGAAUCGAAACAUGCAGGAGUCACUGUAACUCAUGUUUAGGUAUUAUACCAUAUUGUAAUAUGAUUGUAUUUUAAAGCACAGUUAUCAUAGCUGUAUCACACUUUUGUAAAGACCUAUACAUAUUUAUUUUGAGAUUGAUCGCGUAUACCUAUAGCCUCUAAAUGUAAGGAUCUCACGGUUACUUAACGCAGCCUAAAUUAAGUGUUUGUACCUAUCUGUAAUCAUGACCAACAUUUACGUAAGUUUAUAAUGUUUUUACUGUAACUUGGAUACUGGGAACUGCUAAUUGUUCAAAAUUUUUCACAUUCUCUUUGAGUUUGUCACAGUUUGUAAAUGCGUAGGUAAUUCUGUUUAUAAACAACGAAGGAAUCGUUGAUCCGUAGUGUGCUCUCCUCUCUGUAAUGAUCUAGACUCAUGUACUUGUAGCGAGUGAGCAGCCGCUGUACCGAGAUAGUGUUGAGCAAGUUGCCAGCUAGUAGUGUCGCGGACGGCGCCGAGCCGUGCCGCGUUAGAUAAUACGAGAUCUAGUCCUUAUGGUAAUAGUUAAUAAGUUGGUUUUUUCAAAUAAAAUUUUAACAUGUGCUUAGUGCGUUGCAACACUUGAGUCAACUGAACGAUGCAAGAUAAUCAAUUGCACUAUCACUGUAUUUAAUUUAAGUUUCUAUUGGACGAUAAUAAUGAUUGAUGUCCGCGCCGCGCUGCAAAAUUACACUACUUACCUACAGAGCACGGCUCAUAUUUAGAUAAACAAAUUAAUGAAUGUUGGCUCAGUGAAGGACGACGCAUUACGCACUUGUAGAUAGAUACCUGUUUGGUAAAAUAGAUAAUAUCGUACUGCUUAUAUUAACCCUUUUGAAGUUUAUAAAACCUAAUGGAUAGGAUACGUAUAUACUUAUUGAAUUUAUACAAUGUAAUAAUGUAAUUAUAAUACGAUAUAAAUACGACCACGUUUGAACUGUAGUGUUCUGCCAAAUGCAUCACAUUCUUGUGACAUGUUUGCGUAAGUGAUGCAAGGGCCGCGCUGUUGCAUAACGGAGUAUUUGUAUCUUUCCCUCGCACUCUCUAGGUUUAAUUGUAAAGUUAUAUCGAAACACGCCCAGCGUGCUGCUGCUGUGGGUGGCUUUUUACGAAUGACAUUAUUGCUAUCUUUCCCUUUGGAAUCAUAUCUACGUGAAUUGCUUUCGGGUACUACAAUCUUGUUGAACCCCAAGUUGCGAGCCAAAUAUUUUGCCAAACCUCGCAGCUGGUUUGAUAGAUAAGGGUUCAGACACUACUCUUCAAACCUUGCUUCAUCAGGCCCCCCGGCAGUCCCCGACAGCAGUUGCAUGCAUGUGUGCGUUCGUGUGUCCGUGUGCAUUGUGUGUGAAUGCCUGCUGUAUGAUCAUUGAUCUUGUUUAGCGUAUUUUUUAAACAAAUGCAGCUUUUACAUACGCAUAUCUUUAUCAACAAGUGAUAAUUAUUUAUUAAACGAUGAUUAUGACAUUA